ACACACCAAGUAGCUGCGUGUGUGAAUAUAUAGACGAUUGAGUUGGUUGGGGUUGAGACGGGCCAGCCCAGCAGUGACGACGAGUGGGAAAAUCAUCUUUUGUGAUGUCGAUGGAAAACUGUGACACCAGUCGGCCAACAUCCACGUGAUGGAACGCACACUCACCAUCUCUUAUUCACGACAAUCUAUUAACUGAAAAAAAAUUAAAUUACCAAAGUUUUUGAGUGAAAUCGAAUCAAGUGAAGUGUCGGUUAGUGAUUUAAUUUUUUUUAAACAUUUUCAUCUUGAAUUGAUUGUAAUUCAAUCGAAUUAUCGGCAAAGAAAAAUGCUGGUUCAACAUCUCAAUUCAUCUGGUCAUCACCAUCACCACCAGCAUUUGAUGGCCGGCAAAGUUGGCGGACACCACCACAGUUUGCACAAUCUGCACCAAUCGACCGUUCAGCAGCAACAACAACAGCAACAACAACAGGGUGGAGGAGGCAAGCCACAACAACAACAGCAACAACAUCACCACCAUCUGAGCAGCAGCUCGGGAUUCUUGCACUCGCUCCAGCAGCAUCCGUCGGCCACGUCUUCCGGCAGUCACGAAAGCGACGAGAGUCUCUGCCAGGAUCAGCACUCGGGUCAUCCGCAGCAGCAGCUGGGCGGCGUCCAGCAGCAACAGCAGCAGCACGUCAAGAGUCACGGAGUCUCAUCCAACACGACGGCCUCGUCAACAUCGUCGUCGUCGGUGAAGCAGAAGAGGCACAGGACGCGGUUCACGCCGGCCCAGCUCAACGAGUUGGAGCGCAGCUUCACCAAGACGCACUACCCCGACAUUUUCAUGCGGGAGGAAAUCGCCAUGCGCAUCGGACUCACCGAAUCCCGCGUUCAGGUUUGGUUCCAGAACCGACGGGCCAAGUGGAAGAAGCGCAAGAAGACCAACAAUGUCUUCCGGUCUGGCAACAAUAACGGGAGUGGAGGUGCGGGAGGUGGAUUGAUUCCGUCGCACGUUUUGCCACCGUUCGGUUCCGGUAACGCCGGAAGCGGAGCAACUGCGUCGGGCACCAACGGCGGAGGUGGCGGAGGCGGAGGCGGACAGGCGACGGGACUAGCCGUCGAUCCUUUGUGUUCGCCGGCCUCGCUCUUUGUCAGCACGGCAGCCGAUUCCGGCCGUUGGGGAGUGGCUUCCGGUUUGAGCCCGUUGGGGUCGUCGAGCGGUGGCAUGUCAUUGGCCGGCUUCGGGAGUCCGUCCCUGUCGCAACUGAACCAGCUGAGUAACGCACUCAACAAUCACCACAGCCACCACCCACCCACGCAAUCGAGCGGUGGGGGAGGAGGAGGAGGAGGAGGGAUCAUGUCACCGUCAUCUCUGAUGAACUCGCCCGGCUAUCAAACGGCCUACUCUUCCACCACCAACGGAAGAUUGAGUUCGUCGUCGAUUCAAACGGGCGGAUUGAACGAUUUCGGGGGGACGGGCCGAGGUGGCAACGGCCAACACUUGACGGGCGGCAACGGGACGAUGGAGCAGCAGCAGACGGCCGAGUCGCUGGCCGCCCAGAAUCUGGUCAACAGUUACGUCAAGAACGGCGGCUACAGCGGCUACGAGCAGCUGCUCCAACUCUCCACCAACGGCAAUUACUUCCAGGACUGUCUCACCUCCCACCACCACCAUCACCACCACAUUUCACACUCGAACCGGCCGCCGCCCGCACAGCGUCACCUGUCCCACCUCCUCAACGACAAGGAUCCCGGCGGCGGCGGUGGAGGGACAGACAGCGGCUCCUACGAGAACAACAAUCAGCAACAACAACUCUCACCACCCAUCUAAACUUUUCUUUUUCUUUUUUUAAAUUCAAUAUUAUAUC